AUGAAGGUUGAAAUAGAAGUAGUCUCCAAGGAAACAUUAAUCAAGCCAUGUACUCCAACUCCGGACAAACUUCGCCAUUAUAGCCUUUCAUAUCUUGAUCAAAUAGUUCCGCCCGUUUUCAUGCCCCUCGUUUAUUUUUACCCCACGAGUGACCGAUUUUCCAACACAGAGUGUUCAGACAAGAUAAAGUUAUCGUUAUCCGAGGCCUUAACGAAAUUUUACCCUCUAGCAGGGCGUGUCGUGAACAACCUUUAUGUCGAUUGCAACGACGAGGGUGUACCCUACGUCGAAGUGGUAGUCAAGUGCAAGCUGGUAGAUAUCAUUUCCGAUCCCAUUCCUAAUGAGCUCAAUAAAUUCAUCCCUUACGAAUUGGAUGACGUGAAAAAUCUUGGAUUAGUAGUACAAGUAAAUUUUUUCGAAUGCGGGGGAAUGGCGAUUGGCAUAGGCAUCUCUCACAAGCUAGCUGACGCUGCGUCGUGUUUCAUGUUUAUCAACACUUGGGCAGCCAUUGCACGUCGCGAUUAUGAUGGCACAUGUCAUUCCCCCUUUUUUUCUCCGAGAUUUGACUCUGCAACACUUUUUCCGCCCAAGGACGCGUCCCUGGUUCAGGACGCGUACCUGGAAAUUCAUCAGGAAAACAUCGUGACUAAACGAUUCGUGUUUUCUAACUCCGAUAUAUCGGCUCUUAGAGAUGAGUACGCAGAUCAAAACAGGAUGAAGGGCAGCGUAUUCGAGAGAACAGGACGACGCCCUUCGAGGAUUCUAGCUUUAUCCGCAUUUUUGUGGAGCCGUUUCAUGGCGACCGUUCAUCCCGUAAAGGACCCGAACAAAAUUUAUGCUGUUACGCAUUCAGUAAAUUUGCGGACCCGGGCUGAUCCGCCGCUGCCCGAGUCUUUAUUUGGGAACAUAAUGCGGUCCGCGCUUGUGCUACCGUUCUUCGAUAAAGGUGGCGAAGACGAAGUUUUUCAGUUUAUGAACCAAGUGAGAGAAUCAAUGCUAGAUAUUAACAGUGAUUUUGUAUCACAACUUCAAAAAAAUGAUAUAAAACACUUGAAUUUGCUCCAAGAGAGAGCAAAUGAAAAAAAAAAAGGGCAUAUGGUAUUGCUUUGUUUUUCAAGUUUGUGUACAUUUCCCCUGUAUGAAGCUGAUUUUGGAUGGGGCAAGCCGAUGUGGGUCGGGUCGGGUCGGCUCGCUACGAAGAAUAUUAUUGGAUUUAUGGACACAAAAUCAGGUGACGGAGUAGAAGCUUGGGUGAAUCUCAAAGUCGAAGACAUGGCUAAAUUUGAAGUCGAUAAGGCUUGCUAG